AUGCAGGAGAACUAUGAGAACGUGACCUCGCUGGGGUUCCCAGUUUCCAAACCCAGUGUCAUCUCCCAGCUGGAACGAGGGGAAGAGCCAUGGGCCCCAGAUCUCCAGGGCUCAGAGGAAAGAGAGAUCCUGAGAGGCAGCAGCAUAGGUGAUGGGAUGGUGAGAGAGACCAUGGAGCAGAAUCCUCAGCAGGAAGAGGAGCAAGUGGAAGCGCAUGGGGCGUUGUUGCAAAGAUGCAAAGGGAGUGUGUCCAGGAGUUGUGAGAAGGGAAAAGGCUCUCAGGGGCAGCACAGGCCAGAGAAGCGGCAGGGAAACCAGCCAGCGCAGAAAGUUGGAAUAUCUGUUAAUUAUCGGGGAACUCACAAAGGCCUCAAGGAAGCCACGGCCCAGCAGAGAAUCCUGAUGGGAGAGAGAAAUAACACGGGCUUUGAGUGUGGGAAAAAGUUCAGGAGGCGCUCACACCAUCAGGGAAUCCACACCGGAGUGAGGCCCCAUGAAUGCUGCGAGUGCGGGAAAACCUUCACUGAGCGCUCAGGCCUUAUUAGCCAUCAGAGGAGCCACACAGGGGAGAAACCCUAUAAAUGCUGUGAGUGCGGAAAAACCUUCACUCAGAGCUCAAACCUUAUUCGCCAUCAGAGGAUCCAUACAGGGGAGAAACCCUAUAAAUGCUGUGAGUGUGGGAAAACCUUCGCUCGGAGCUCAGGCCUUAUUAGACAUCAGACGAGCCACACAGGGGAGAAACCCUAUGAAUGCUGCGAGUGCGGGAAAACCUUCGCUCGGAGCUCACACCUUAUUACGCAUCAGAGGAACCACACAGGAGAGAAACCCUAUGAAUGCCGUGAAUGUGGGAAAACCUUCGCUCAGAUCUCAGGCCUUAUUACACAUCAGAGGAGCCACACAGGAGAGAAACCCUAUAAAUGCCAUGAGUGCGGGAAAACCUUCGCUCACUUCUCAAACCUUAUUACACAUCAGAGGAUCCACACAGGAGAGAAACCCUAUGAAUGCCGUGAGUGCGGGAAAACCUUCGCUCGGAGCUCAAACCUUAUUACACAUCAGAGGAGCCACACAGGAGAGAAACCCUAUGAAUGCCGUGAGUGUGGGAAAACCUUCGCUCAGAGCUCAGGCCUUAUUACACAUCAGAGGAGCCACACAGGAGAGAAACCCUAUAAAUGCCGUGAGUGUGGGAAAACCUUCACUUGGAGCUCACACCUUAUUGCACAUCAGAGGAUCCACACAGGAGAGAAACCUUAUGAAUGCCGUGAGUGCGGGAAAACCUUCACUUGGAGCUCACACCUUCUUACACAUCAGAGGAGCCACACAGGAGAGAAACCCUAUGAAUGCCGUGAGUGUGGGAAAACCUUCGCUCAGAGCUCACACCUUAUUGUACAUCAGAGGAGCCACACAGGAGAGAAACCCUAUAAAUGCCAUGGGUGCGGGAAAACCUUCACUGAGCGCUCAACCCUUAUUCGCCAUCAGAAGAUCCACACCGGGGAGAAACCCCAUGAAUGCUGUGAGUGCGGGAAAACCUUCACUCAGCGCUCACACCUUAUUUGCCAUGAGAGGAUGCACACAGGGGAGAAACCCUAUGGAUGCAGUGAGUGCGGGAAAACCUUCACUCGGAGAUCAGGCCUUAUUCGCCAUCAGAGGAUCCAUACAGGGGAGAAACCCUAUGGAUGCUGCGAGUGCGGGAAAACCUUCACUGAGCGCUCACACCUUAUUUGCCAUCAGAGAAUCCACAAAGGGCAGCGCCCCUAUGGAUGCUGCGAGUGCGGGAAAACUUUCACUCAGCACUCAAAUCUCAUUGCACAUCAUAGGAGUCACACAAGGGAGAAACCCUAUAAAUGCUGUGAGUGCGGGAAAACUUUCUCUUGGCACUCAGCCCUUAUAAAACAUCGGAGGAUCCACACAGGAGACAAACCCUACAAAUGCUGUGAGUGCGGGAAAACCUUCAUUGACAGCUCACACCUUAUUUGCCAUCAGAGAAUCCACACAGGGGAGAAACCCUAUAAAUGCUGUGAGUGCGGGAAAACCUUCGCUCGGAGCUCAGGCCUUAUUACACAUCAGAGGAUCCAUACAGGGGAGAAACCCUAUGAAUGCCGGACCCCCAGGGACUCGGAGGAGGAGGAGGAAUGGGUGGACAUGGUCACAGAGGAGUCUGCUCUCAAAAACAUCCGAGAGCAGCUCCAGGGCCGAGAAAAGGUGCAAAGGAGCUCCAUUGAGUUGCUGCCUGAUAACUCUCCACCCAGCGGCGUCCUCGCUAACUUCCUGAUUGCUGUGGGCAACCUCAG